AUGGCCGCCACAAUUUGCAACACUGCUACGAGCACAGAUACAAAAGAGAACUUGAAAAACUUGAAUUAUAACAACGAAAGAACAAACCGAACGCUCGUAAAGAUUGCAGAGCAAAUCGAGUUAAAAACUGUGGACAGGAAUAUCAAUGUCGAUAUCGAGGGGAGUUAUUGUGUUGACUGCACGAAGAAGAUGAGAAUAAGCAGCGAAGAUCCAGGGACGCAGCGUCUGACUGACAUUCAGCAGUUUUACAACGGAAAGAAUGUUCUAAUAACUGGUGCUACUGGUUUCUUGGGUAAGAUCCUGGUGGAGAAACUUCUGAGGUGCUGCCCUGGCGUGGAGAAUCUAUACCUUUUGGUGAGGCAGAAACGUGGAAAGGACAUCUACACGAGGAUAGAGGAAAUCUUCGAGGAUCCAGUGUUCAACCGGCUAAAGGAGGAUGUGCCAAAGUUCCGGCACAAAGUGGUCGUCGUGCCGGCGGACUGCGAGGCGGCGGGUCUGGGUUUGACGCUCAGCGACAGACAAAUGCUGACCGAGAAGGUCAACAUAAUAUUCCACUCGGCGGCGACGGUAAAAUUUGACGAGCACUUGAGGGCGGCGCUGGUCACCAACGUGCGGGCACCACUCCACCUGCUCCGAUUAGCGAGGGACAUGAAGGGAUUGGACGUAUUGAUGCACAUUUCGACCGCUUAUUCGAACUCGCACCUGUCGCGGAUAGAGGAGAAAUUCUACCCGUGCGCCGCGAACUGCGAAACACUGCACAGCAUGAUCGACAAAAUGACGGACAAAGAGAUCGACAAACUGUUGCCCACAAUAUUGGGCGAUUGGCCCAACACGUACACCUUCACCAAAGCGCUGGCUGAAAAGGAGCUGCGGUUGAACUCGGGCAAUGUACCACUGGGCAUAUUCCGACCGGCCAUAGUGACAUCAACAGCGAAGGAGCCGCUGAAGUGCUGGUUGGAUAACAUGUACGGGCCAACGGGCGUAGCGGUUGGUAGCGCGACAGGCAUCCUACGGACGCUCGAGUGCAACGAACAUGUAACGGCAGACCUGGUGCCCGUGGAUUGCGUGGUGAACUGUCUGAUGGUGGCCGCGUCCAGCGUGCACCGCGCGUAUACCAGCAGUUCACCGCCAGCCGAGCCGCCGAUAUUCAACUACGUGAGCUCCGUGGAGAACCCGAUAACUUGGGGCGACUUCAUGAAGCUCAACAUGGCGAGGAUCGACAGGCACCCGUUCUCCAACGCCGUCUGGUACAUAUCGUUGACGUUGACGAAGUCGGCAAUAUUGAAUCGGAUCUACAUAAUACUGCUGCACCUGGUACCGGCCGCGCUUGUGGACGGACUCGCGGUCUGCGUCGGCAGGAAGCCUAAAAUGCUGAAGGUGUACAGCAAGAUACACAAGUUUUCCUCGGUGUUAAGCUACUUCUGCACGCGGGAGAUCAAGUUCUGCAACAGGCGGACGCAGCAGCUGUGGCAGCGUAUCUCAGACGCCGAUAAGCAGUUGUUUCCGUUCAGUAUGCGCGAAAUAGACUGGGAAGACUAUUUCGACGACUACUUGGCCGGGAUUAGGCGAUACCUGUUCAAGGAGAGCGACGAAACCCUUCCCAGGGCGAGGAUCAAGUGGAAAAGAUUAUACUAUCUUCAUCAGUUAGUACGAAUCCUUUUCUUCGCCUUCGCGCUGUAUGCAGUGUGGUCUUUAUUUGCACGUAUAUGG